AUAAAGAGGACGCACCAUCAUUUCCAAACCAAGCUGUGCAUUUUUUGGAUCAACAGGAUCCAGCUCUCAAACUGCAGAAUAGAGGCAGAGUGUGUGAGAGAUUAUCCUCCUCCACAAGGCCCACAUUCAGGUGCACUCUAAUUUGCAUCUGAAUGCCUCGGGGGAAAGAUACACAUUUGCAUUUGAAUCCCUCCGCAAACCAUUUGCAUUUGAGAGAAUGUACUUGUGCACAUCUCAACGGCUUUUGGCUUGAGUCUUGAGAGGGUUUUUGAAAAAAUCAUUUCUCAUCGAGACAAUCACAGUGGAGCGCAUAGAGAGAGAGGACGGAGCAGAUACGGUGCAGCAAGGAUACAUGCCAGAGGUUUGCGGAGCGUGAGGAAAUAGGAAGGCAUCGCUGGCCACAGGGACCAUGUCAAAACGGAGGGCCUCAGUGGUCUUCGACCACUUCUACAUUCCCGACAAUGGCGAAGAGGUCUGCAAGGCUCGCUGCAAAUACUGCCCGCUGGAGAUGAGCUUCAACAGGAAAGCUACUUCAAAUCUUCUCAAUCACAUGAAGAGGAAGCAUGCCUCCAUCCCCUUGGACCCAAUCUCCAGCCUGACCAACCAGUGGUCCCCCAUGCCCACCUUCAGUAUCCCCCAACCCAAGAAAUGGCACAGCACUGACCCUAAUCAGGUGCAGGCAGAUCGUGCUCUAGUCAACCUAAUCGCUGGGGAGCAGCUGCCUGUGUCCAUCGUGGAGAGCCCCCUCUUUCUGGCCUUCAUGCAGGAGACCCAGCCAUCCUACAACGUCCCCAGCCGCGCGCACUUUGUCAACUCACUGGUGUUCCAGCAGUACAACCUCCUCCACGGCCAGCUGGAGGCUCUGGUCAAGGCGGCCCAGAGCAUCUGCCUGACCGUGGACAUCUGGUCAGGGGAGCAAGGCAGCACCUACAUGGCCGUGACGGGCCACCUAAUCAUCGACUAUGCUGUCAAGUCAGUGCUGUUCUCGUGCAAACGCGUGCGGGGCCGGCAAACGGGGGAGCAGAUACUGAGCUACUGCGAAAGCAUCCUGGCCAUCUACAACAUGCCCAGCAAGAUUGCCAUUAUCGUCAGUGACAACACACUGGGCUCUGACACGGGCCUCCCCGGGUUCCUAUCACACGCUGAGUCCACGCGGGAAACAGGCAUGAGGGAGGUCAAGCCCAAAGCUUCGGGUGCGUCCAAGGGGGGCGAGAGCACGUCCAGCUCAAGCAGCCACCAGUAUGUGUCCCAGCACGAGCCCUCCUUCGCACACGCCCUCCAGCUGGUCGUGAGGGACGGGCUGCUGGCCACCACGCAGACCACCAUCAGCGUCCUAGCCAAAGUCUCCGCCAUGGUCACUCACACCUGGGACUCUACGCCCGCGUCAGCCACCGACCGCCUGGAGGAGCAGCCCAAAGGGCAGAGCUCCGGCGGCCCCUGCUGGAACAGGCAGCUCAAGCUAGCAAAGGCCAUCCUGGCCGACCAGGAGGAGAAGCUGGGCCAUCUGGGAGCAGCCGACCCCGGCCUCACUGCCGCGGACAGAGCCAUGCUGGAGGACUUCAUCAACAUCCUGAGGCCUUUUGAGGAGAUCACGGACAGGAUUCAGGGGGAACGGGUGGUCCCGGCCAGCCUGGUCAUCCCUUCCAUCCGUGGCAUCCGGAAGCACCUGAGCUCCCCCUCGGAGCACAACCAGCACCUGGUGACGUCCCUCACCGCCGCCACCGAGAAGUGGCUGUCACGCUACGAGAGCAAGUCGUCCUACCUGCGGGCCACCUCACUGGACCCGCGGCUGAAGCUGCGCUGGUGCGAGGGGGACCAGGCCUCCCACCUGCAGGAAGACCUCCUCACCCUGACCAGCACCUCUACCACAAAUUCCCAAGAGGAGGUCCCUGCCCCUGAACCUGUCCCCCCACCCAAAAAGAAGUGCUUGUUCCCAUUCUUUGAGGACGAGCCCCAGGACUACACCCCCAGCCCACAUGCUGAAGAGGUAGAGACAUACCUCCAAGAGCCCUGCAUCCCCUACCACCAGGACCCCCUGAUGUUCUGGAGGGGCAACCAGCAGCGCUUCCCCCGGCUAUCCCCACUCGCUCUGCACUAUCUCUGCAUCCCCGCCUCGCCCGUCCCCGCCCUGCACCCCGACAGCACCAGGCUGUCUGACAUAGACUUUGAGAACCUGAUGUUCAUUAAGCUAAACAGCAGCCUGCUGUGACCUCCCACUGCCAUAUUGCUGGAGUGUGCUGGUAUGUAUUGUAAUGUGAUGUAUUAUUUCAUAUAGCCCAAUAAAACGUUUUAUAGUAAAUACUAUGGCUCUUGCACUGUGCAG